AUGGUUCUCACUUCAGAACAGAAGCAAUCGAUUCGUCGAAUUAUUGAUUCAAUUGACGCUGCCGAUGAAGACUACUGUGCUCAUGAGUUCAAUGUGCUUCGUUGGCUCGUCGCGUACGGCAACGACGAACAGGAAGCAGCCAAGGCGCUCAAACGCCAUCUAAACAUCCGAAAAACCAUCGAUCUUGACAAUUUUGUGCACAGGAAGGAUUUGGAAGAAGACGAGCUCAAUAACUACGUGCCUAUCGAUGUUAUCGGGCAGAAUCAUCCAGAAGACAAUAAGAUUUUCAUGUUUGAGAAGACGGGAAAAAUCGAUAUCAGCGGCCUAGUUGAUAAUGUGUUGAUGCACAAAUUCAUGCAAAUCAAACUAAAAAUGAUGGAAGACGUCCAUCAAAAAGUGGUGGCCGCCGAGCGGCGAAGCGGAAAACAAAGCGGCGGAGUGUUCGUGAUGGAUUUGCGCGAGUUGAGCUUCAGCGCCAAACUCAUUUCGGUGCUGACGGGACCAUAUCGAAUAAUGUGGGGCACUUUGUUCGACCACUACCCGCAACUUUUGCAGAAAAUCAUCAUCGUAAAUGCGCCAUCUUUCGUGAAUGUCCUUCAUCAAGCAUGUUCGCCGUUUCUACCGGCCGAUUACCGGGAGAAAAUCGUGAUCACGUCGGAAUGUGCGGAGGAGACCAUCAAAAAGUAUGUUCAUCGUUCGAUGCUUCCAGCCGAUCUUGGCGGCGAUCUUAUUCAUAAUAUCUCGACACCAUUGACGCCAUUUCCCAAAACGACGUCGCCGAAAAUUGACAUGGUGCCGGUCAAUAUUCCAGCAGGAAAAUAUACAAUUCAGAAAUUUGAGUGGAAAUCCGGCGAUGAGAUCGAAUUCUUUUUGCAUAAUGAUAGCUCUUUUCAUUAUUUCAUGUUUCAUAGUGAAGAAGACACGACCGAUUCUGAGAAGUGGAGAGAAAUGACGGUUGGCUGCGAACGUCCAGCGUUGUGCAAAAUCGAUUCGUGGAAAUGGAGGGUCCCGUGUGACGGAUUCUUCUAUAUUCGCUAUGGCAACCAUAAUUCUUGGUAUUUCUCGGUGACCGUCAACACAAAUCAUUUCCUUCAUACGGAAAAUGAGAAAAUCGCUUUGAAACCAAUUGAAACUUUUGUUUUAUGA